GCGGCGAGGACGCCUCGGAGGCGGGAUACUGCGGCGGCGGCGACUGCUCGCGGCUCAGGAGGACGUGGGCGUCGGCGUUGCUGUCGGUCGUCUCGAGGUGAUGGAUCGACGAGGUCCGCAUGCUCGAUGCCGUCGAGGAUGUCGUCGAGGGAGUCUUCUCAAACUCCAAGGACUCGGACGGUCCGAUGCCAGCUUCCUACGACCCAGACAGUGUGGUGGAUUUGCUAUCGCGUGUUGGCGUGCGGUGUUGACUGCUGGGAGACGACGGAUGGAUGGAUGGUGUGCCGGAGAAGGAGGCGGCGGAGGAGGAGCUUCACUGGUUUGGUUGGCUGGGUCGAGGGGGAGGAGCAGAAACUCAGAGGCCGAGUUGGAUCAUCUGAGGAGGCGAUGGAGGGAGAUUGGAUCGUCGCAGAGCAACCUCUCGCAGUCGAAGGCCAUGAUACCCGGGUACUACAUGUAUCGAAUGUGUGGGAGAGUUACGGUUCCUAGUGGGUAUGGAUGGUUGAGCAAUGAGGAACAUCCUCAUUCGGCGGCUGCUCCCCUGAGCCUGAGCCUGAGCGGAGAAGGCUCCAAGCGAGCCUGGGCGCAUGGAACCUCCCCGUGGCCCCCGGAAACAGCCAAUGGAAGGGCCCGCUACAGGGGACCUUUGCCGCCCACGCUUCAGUGCGCGGAGGCGCUGGAGUGCGCUGGAGUGAAGAGGGGCGCGUCCCUGGCGCUUGCUUGCUGGGGCCAAAGGCCCGGGACAGCUAAAAUUAGGGAGUGUGUAUUUGACACACCAUUUCAGCGCGUCCUGCAGAAAGAAUCAUCAACAAAGCAUACACAACACGCCUUGCAGGGCCUGCUGCCACGCAAAGCUGCUGCCUGCACAACGCCUACAAUAGCUGCGCCAGCAAGGCUCAGCAAGGCUGGUAAGCUACUGGGCUGCUGGGCUGCUGGGCUGCUAGUACGGGCAGCUUAAUU